AGGAAGUACUUCUGGUCGUUAUUCACAUUGUGUUCAUCCCUUGGAGGUUUUUGUGAUACUGUAUUGGAGAUGUUUGUGAUACUGUAUUGGACGUGUUUGUUAUACUGUAUUGGAUGUGUUUGUGAUACUGAAUUGGACGUGUUUGUGAUACUGUAUUGGACGUGUUUGUAAUACUGUAUUGGAUGUGUUUGUGAUACUGAAUAGGACGUGUUUGUGAUACUGAAUUUAACGUGUUUGUGAUAUGAUAUUUUAAGAACCAGAUCAUAAAUAAAUCCAAGUGAAAGAGCUCUAUGCCAGCUGACUAAAACAAAAGACAAAUAAGUUUUGUUGUAGAUAGUUUAAUGUGGACCACCAGCAAUAUGAGAUAUAGGUGCAGGUACAAUUACAUAAUUAUAAUUAUUGUCAAAACAACUGAGUAGAAAUGUGUAGAAAUGAAUCAAGUUGUCUAGCUAUUUUAGGUGGUUCAUGCAAUGACAAUCAUGAACUCUGCGUCAGCUAAUUACUUCGAUUGAUUAUUGAAUAUCUUUAGCAAUGAUUAAAAACUUCUCUGAGAUGAGAAAGUUAAAAUUUGUCUUCGUAUUACACUUUAAGGUCAAUAAUCCGGGCGUCAAAAAUAUAGAGCUUCGAAAAUUAUAUCGCGUAAUUAAAAAAAAUAGUUAUGUGAAACGAGAAUUGCAAUGUGAUUUAAAGUGAAUACGGUCAAAUCUCUAAACAUAAACUUAAAAAACAACAACUCAGAACAAAGAUGUUCGUACGAAUCCCUUAUAGCCAUUUUAUAAAUAUUUAUUCUAUUAAAAUUCUAAUAAAGGCGGCUUUUUCAAUUUCAUUACGGAGCAAUGAAGGCGUCCUUUGAACAUCAUAAGGUUCUGCACGCCCUUUUCUUGACGAAUGUAACCACUCUAACAAUAUUUCCACCGGUACACAUACGUCCAACUCUACCCAUAUGUCCAACUGUACCAAUACGUCAAACUGUACCCUUGUGUCCAAUUGAAAUUCUCAAAUGGCGAGAUCAAAUAUAAUAAAGAACGCUUGAGUCAAAUGUCAAAAUAUAAUUAUGUUUGUGUUGUUUUCAGUCCUCAAUUUUGCAAAGUUGAGAACCACCCUCUACAAGAAAUUAUAGAUUUCUGCUCCAUUUCAUUGAUGUAAGAGUUAAAUAAAAAUCAAUAAUGCCACAAAGGUAAUCAAUGCGAUUGACGGGUCCAAGGACAAGCUUGGUAUUUAUAGUUUUCAUGAAUAAAAAAGUGUCAUGUGUUAUCAUAUAAGAAAUACGUUUCAUUGUUCACAGUAAGAACUCAACAAGGGAGCAGAAAAACGGUGUCUCGGCUGACUAGGAAGGAGACGGAACUUACAUUUGUGCUGUUAACUAUUGUUAACAUGGACCCAGAAGAGCGGGAGAUACGCCUGCAGGUAACUAAGGCUACAUACUGUUAACAUCUACCAUGGAAAGGACAGUGUUACUAUGUAUGUAUGAAUUUACUUUUGUUAAUUUAACUCACGAAAACCAAAAAACUGGUUUAACGUCAUGUUUGACAUUGUUAUUUCUCCUGGCCUAAAGAUGUCGCCUUGAGCGUAUGAUCAAUAUCACUUAACAUCAUACCCUGUAAUUUAACAAAUAAUAAUCCAAUAUAGAGAUGUAACGCUAAAAUGAGAUCAUUUUCAAAUGGCUUGGAAAAACGCUCUGUUAAUGCCCGGGCCACGACCGUUCAAGAUUAGUUUUUGGAUGUAUUCAUUUAUAAUGAGGCUUUAUUCAGAACGGUGCUCUUUCAAUGUUUGUUUUUAUUUAAUGGUAGCACGGUAGCACUAUAUUGUUUAAUGAUAAGUGUUAGGUACCGUUAUAAUAUUUUUAAAAAAAAUUGAUUGUCGUUUUAAAAUAGCUGGUUAACAAAUCAGUACCUAGCAAAGGCACACCGCCAUUGAUUAAAUUCUUUGUAAUAUUUAUAUUAAGAUCGAUAGCCUAACUAGUGCUAGUUACAUUUAACAAUUUAUAUUUACUAACAGUUCUGAUAUGAAGCGCAAACUCAAAUAUAUAAAAAAAUGCCAAAACUCUAUUAACUUAUAGCAUGCCAAUGCCUACACUAAUAGAAAGGUGAAAUCCACAAACAGACAGUGAAAAGUAUUUCUUGGAUAUCGUAGGUCUCAUUUCUUAUUGUACUACCGAUCACAGUCGACCUUCUUAUUCAUUGUCUACAGAGGGGGAGGGGAGUUUUCAGAAUCGAAACUCUAGCUAGAAGGUGAAGCGAGUAUUCUCUAUCUCUCUAUGUAAUACAAAGAGAAGAAGAAACUGGUGUUGACUGUAACAAAAAACCAAAGGGGAGAUAAUCCAAUAGCUUAUUUGAAACUUGAAACCACAACUCCGCGGUGAACUCAGGGCACUAACAAUUCAGAUUUUUUUUUUCAAAAUGAAUGUUUUUGCAAGAGCAAAUAUAAAAAUAAAAAUAAGUACACUUCUUUUAUACAAUAUAGUUCACAAUAAUUACUUACCAACUUACAAGAUAAACUGUUGCACAAUUUCAAAAUACAGUGAAAUUUGUUUCUUGAAAAAGUAUUAUGCAAUAAAAUUACCUUUGCCAUUAACAUGUUUAAUUUUCAAAUCAUACUCCGAUUUUGAUUUUUGGAAACAAUCGUUUUCAAAAUGUUUAGGGUUAGUCUUCAAUAAAAUCAAGAAUUGUCCGUAAUGAAUAAUUUGGAUAAAAAUCAAAUUUAUGCGAAGUAAGAAUCCAACCUAUUCAAGUAUUCUUUUUCUACUGUGGAAUAAUUCUUUUGAUGGGGAUAGCAUUUAUUGGAUAGGACAGGAUACUCUGGCCUGUGAGCAACUUCUUGAAACACGACCUCACCAGCGCCAACACCACUGGCACUUAAAGCUACUUCCAACUGUUUCUUAGAAUCUGACCAAUGCCAACACCACUGGCACUUAAAGCUACUUGCAACUGUUUCUUAGAAUCUGACCAAUGCCAACACCACUGGCACUUAAAGCUACUUUCAACUGUUUCUCAGAAUCUGACCAAUGCCAACACCACUGGCACUUAAAGCUACUUGGAACUGUUUCUUAGAAUCUGACCAAUGACAACACCACUGGCACUUAAAGCUACUUGCAACUGUUUCUUAGAAUCUGCUGCAUUGGAAACAGAAGGAUUGCUGCUUGACAAGUACCUUAGGCCUUCCAACCUCCAGGGCAUGUUAUCCUCUCUGAGUUGCCCUUGCCACCAGAGAAAUAUCCUCUUCAACACCAGGCACAGAAACAAGCAAAUCCCCUCUUCAUGUAUAGGAAUCAGAAUGAUCAAUAAAAUGAUCGUUGGCUCUUAAUAUGUAGAAAAAUAAGAAUUGUCUCCUGUAAAGAAACAUUUGGGAAAAUGGCGUGCUUUGAUUUCUGCUCAGCUGUUAAUAAAUGUCAUUUAAAUUCUAGAACUGGUUUUAUCUGAGAUCAAGAGCUGGACUUAGGUAUUUAGUUGUACAAAAAUGUCAUCUGAAUUCUAGAACUGAUGUCAUCGGAGAUCAAAAGCUGAAUGUGGGUAUUCAGUUGUACAUAAAUGUCAUUCGACACCUUGACCUGAUGUCAUGUGAAUCUAAAGAUAUUUAGUGCUCAAAUGUAUACAAAUGUCAUCUGAGCGCUAGAGCCAAUUCUAGUGAUGUCGAGUGAUCAAAUAUACAUAAAUGUCACCUGGGAGGUAGAGCGGAAUUUAGGGAAAUCACGAUGGAGGCAACCAGAAUUAAUAACUAGUGCAAAGACAUCAGGAAGAGUGUUGCCAAAUAUUUUUUUAGAUGUAGUUUAAAACCCUUGAUACAUAACUUUCUCAUUCAUAUAUGUCAUACAGAGCUUUGUCAUCUAUAUACGUCAUAAAUAACUUUGUCAUCCAUAUACGUCAUGCAUAACUUUCUAAUCCAUAUACGACAGACAAAACUUUGUCUAAAGGUACGCCGAGUUCCAUAUUUAUAAUGUUAACAUCCUCAUUGUGUUGAUUUCUUUAGGCCAGAGAAGUUUGUGAGUUAUUUAAGGGUCGAUUCAAGGAAGAAGAGAUGAUGAUGGUCAUUAAAGAAAUCGGAGGAAAACUUCCAGCAGUGGACUUCAUAUUAAAAGGUAAUUAUAAAUAGGAAAUUUCAAUCAAAUGAAAGAAAUCAAUUUCAUAAUUUGUUCUUUUGUCAAUCAUUUAUUUAGCUGAGAGAAUAUUGUUAUAAGUUAUUAUUUGUACGUUAAGGGCUCUUUUCCCAUUAUAUUUAUAUUUUUAUUGAUUUAUAAAUUUAUUUAUAAACUAUUCCCCCUUGUGUGGCUUUAGAAUUUGAAAUGUUUGCUUUAAAGUAUACCCAUUUUAGUACGCGCUUAACAGAGGAAUUAAUGUUCACACUAAAAAAAAAAAUUAACUGUAUACGAAGCUAGGCACUCAUAUUGUAAGUAUGUGGUCAUAUUUACUGUUUGGGAUUAGUUUGCAUACAACCGUAUGUUAUGUUGGAUACAGUUGGCACCAACAAUUUCAAAGUAAACAGUACUGAAACUUGAACACCUUGAAUGCGUCGCAUGUAUGUGAACGGUGUAUACUUUUGUGAACGAUGUAUACUUUUGUGAACGGUGUAUACUUUUGUGAACGGUGUAUACUUUUGUGAACGGUGUAUACUUUUGUGAACGGUGUAUACUUUUGUGAACGGUGUAUACUUUUGUGAACGGUGUAUACUUUUGUGAACGGUGUAUACUUUUGUGAACGGUGUAUACUUUUGUGAACGGUGUAUACUUUUGUGAACGGUGUAUACUUUUGUGAACGGUGUAUACUUUUGUGAACGGUAUAUACUUUUGUGAACGGUGUAUACUUUUUGUGAACGGUAUAUGCUUUUGUGAACAGUGUAUACUUUUGUGAACGGUAUAUGCUUUUGUGAACAGUGUAUACUUUUGUGAACGGUAUAUGCUUUUGGCGUAUACUAUAUUCAUUUAAGGAUAUUAUGAACAAUUUUUUUUUUUAAAUUUGAGAUGUUUUUAAAAAAUCAGUUGUCUGUCUACCUUAUUUCCCGUUGGUUAAUGAUCUGAAGAAAUUCAUUAUUAAUUAUUUGAAAUGGUUAGAUCAAUGACAAACAUGACAAUAUCAACCAGAAGAAUGACUGAUCUUCAGUCUGGGACCCAUUUACCCAGAAGAGCGUUAACAGGUUGGAGGCGGCCCAGCUUUAUCCUAAACCGCUAAAGGAAUACCUCUAGUGUUGGCAGCAUGCUGGAAACACUAGGCUGGUCACCAUUGGAGGAACAAAGACGACAAUGAAGGCUCUCCAUUAUUUACAAGAUAAAUAAUGGGCUGGUCCACUGUUCCAGUAUUAAACAGAAACUCGUCGCUCUCCCCCAUAGACAGCGACGAGGCCAUGACAGGCAAUUCAGGCUCAUACCAGCAAGAAGCCAGUAUAGGAGCUGCUCAUUCCUGCCCAAGACAAUCAGGGACUGGAACAAUCUUUCAAAGGGAACGGUUGAGGCGACAACACUAGACACAUUUGUGUCUAUUGCCUCAAGCCUUCAAACCCCUAGUGCAUGAUUACCUCACAAAGUGGCACUGGAAAUCAGUGAAAUUUCUUCAUCAACACCAGGAACAAAAACAUUGCAAAUCCCAUCUACAUGUAUAGGAGCCAAAAUGAUCAAUAAAUUGAUCGGGGGCCCUUAAGAUAUAGAAGAAGAAGAAUCGACUGAUUAGUUUACAAUUGUGCUUACUGCAGCGAUGAUUAUGCGGUACUAGUUAUGUAAUGAUCCUUACAAGUGUAAACUUUAUUUUAUAAACAUUGUUUGUGUUUCUUUGUGUAAACCGUUUAGGGAGUAGAGAAAUUUGACAGAUCUGUAACGUGGAUUUAAGUCUAAACACAGACGGAUGUAUGGAUGCCAAACAUGAAUUAAUAAUAGAACCAACCAUUAUAUUCCUCCAUUAAUUUUUUAAAAUUUAUUCAUUUAUUUUUUUGCAUUAAAAAAAAUGUGUUCCCCUUCUCUGUCCACUUAUGAACCAAACAUUAUAUUCAUCCAUUAAUUUUAUUUAUUUAUUUUUUUAUUUUUUUAUUUAUUUUUUUUUUUUUGCAUGAAAAAAUGUGUUACCCUUCUCUGUCGACUUAUGUUAUCAAGGCAAGCUGUAGUUAGAUUUAUUUAAGCUGCUUUCAAAGUUUAAGUAGUGGAUAUGUUUUCCGAAUCUCCAUUAACACUAACAAAUAUUUUUGUUUCUUUCUAACAAAUUCUCAAGAGGAUCCAGAAGUCGUUAGUCAAUUUCUGAAAAAGGUAAAAAAAUUCAAUUUAAUUUUUUUUUAAAUUUAUAAAUUUUGAAAUUAGAGUUGCACCGAUUAAUCGCAUAAAAUCUGUAAUCAGCACAUCGGGCCUAUUGGCCUCAUCGGCCCUUUUUGCCCAUUAAUCGAUCUUAGGAUAAGUUAAUCGUGUAAUCGGCCUGCUCAAAAUUGCAGAUUUAAAAGACCAGAAAAUUUUAGUACAAAUCUUGAUUUUGUUCAUGGAUCCUAAUUUUAUCAAGUUUUUUUUUACGAGUUUCGGUGUGUCCAAGGCUCAAAGCAUUACAUCAAAACUCUCCCCUCUCCAUUCACUGCCAAAUGGGUUUUUUCUGUGACGUAAAUGUUUACACAUAGUACGAUGGACACCAGAUAAUGGGACACUAAAUAAUAUGACACCUGAUAAUAUGACAAUAGAUAAUAUAACACUAUAUAAUAUGACGCGUGAUAAUAUGACACUUUAUAAAAUGAUGCAUGAUAAUAUGAAACUAAAUAAGAUGACGCGGGAUAAUAUGAUAAAAGAUAAUAUUUCGCGUGAUAAUAUAACACUAGAUAAUUUGACAUGUGAUAAUAUGACACUAGAUAAUAUGACGCGUGAUAAUAUUACAUCUGAUAAUUUGACACCAGGUAAUAAGACACGUGAUAAUAUGACACUAGACAAUAUGACACUUCAUAAUAUGACAUCAGAUAAUAUGACACCAGAUAAUUAGACACUAGAUAAUAAGACACUACAUAAUAUGACACUAGAUAAUAUGACACUAUAUAAUAUGACAUCAGAUAAAAUGACACCAGAUAAUUAGACACUAGAUAAUAUGACACGUGAUAAUAUGACACUAGAUCAUAUGACACUAGUUAAUAUAACACCAGAUAAUAUAACACUAGAUAAUAUGAAACUAGAUAAUCUGACACAGGAUAAAAUGACACUAGAUAAUAUGACAUCAGAUAAUAAGACACCAGAUAAUAAGACAUCGGAUAAUGUGAUCCCAUAUAAUAUGGCACAAGAUAAUAUGACACCAGAUAAUAUGAAACAGUGAUGAAGUGUCUGUAGAUGAAGUGUCUGUAGAUGAAGUGUCUGUAGAUGAAGUGUCUGUAGAUGAAGUGUAUGUAGAUGAAGUGUCUGUAGGUGAAGUGUCUGGGGAUGAAGUGUCUAUGGAUGAAAUAUUCGUCAUUCAAGUGACCUUCAGCGAAGUGUAUUGGUGUACUGCGUCAGUGAAUUGUCUUUGAAUGAACUGACCUGCCACCUUAUCAAUUUAACCUCAAAUAAUUAAAAUAUGGUAAACCUUUAAAAAAGAGUAAUUAAAAUAUUUCCAAUCUGUUCACUGUGAUAUUCUUCUCAAGCCAGGCGCCCGCUCCAAACAGCUCCAUUCCAUACAAGUCUUUGUUACUUAAUAAAUGUCAAAUAUCAUUUUUAGAUGUAUCUAUGGAUUCUAGAGCCAAUUUCCCACGUUAUUUGUAUCGCAGUACAGCUUUCAAUACCCAAUUUAAACAAAUCUAAAAUAUAUAUUUUGUUCAAUCGAAUUGAUUAUGAAAUAAACAGAGAAGUUACCUCAAUGCCAACUAGAGAAAAAACUUAUGGAGUUUCAAAUCUAAUUGCAUUAGACAUAUCCCCUGACAGAGCAAGAGCUAUGUGACUGCCAUGCAAGAAGACUCAAAGAAGCUGAGCAGUCAUCUGGACGAGUGGAUCACUAUUGAGUCCGGCAAGCGUCAGUUUGCAUGUGAAGGAUGUGUAAGGUUUUGGUGGAAACGUGUUCCGAUUCGAAAAGAGGUUUGUUUCAUGUGUUAUCAGUGUGAGAUAUCAACGUGUGUUAUCAACGUGUCUUAUCAACAUGUCUUAAUCAACGUAUCUCAUCAACGCGUCUUAUCAACGUGUCCUAUAAACAUGCCAUAUCAAAAUGUCUUAAUCAUCGCGUCCCAUCAACGGGUCUUAUUGAAGUUUCUUAUCAACGUGUCUUAACAACGUGUCUUAAAACAUGUCUUAUCAACACGUCUUAUCAACACGUCUUAUCAACGCGUCUUAUCAACAUGUCUUAUCAACAUGUCAUCUUUACGUAGGCCAAUGUAAAACGAUAACAUGACAAUGAAUGAUUUGGAAAAGACUGCGAUCAGUUUUACAAGUGAAGAAAUACGGAGUCAGCCAAAAUUGAAAUAAUGAAGAAAAAAUAAAGACCAAACCGAAAAGGAUGUAUCAGCCAAAAGCCUCUUUCAAUGAAUAGCAACUAAGAAUAAUUAAAAUAAAAUAAUAUUUAAAAAAGAAACUUAGCUUGAAGAAUGGAAUUUAAAAUCUCUAAUUUGAAGUCUCUAUUAAUUUUGAAUUUUCUAUUUUGAGUUCAAUAUUUAGAAUUCUCUAUAAUUUAAAGAGUCUCAUUUGAAGUCUCUCAUCUGAAGUGUCUCAUGUGAAGUUUAAGUUAGUGCUCAAGCAGGGCAUGAGAUAUAUGUAGCAUGUUAAAUGUUCCUCCAUGAUAAAAAAAAAACCAACAACAACACACAAACAAACAGAUGAAAUAAUUCUUGCAGGUCAGCAGAUGUCGGAAAUGUCAAGUGAAAUAUGAUGCCGUCCCUAGAGAGAACGAAUGGGGACUUGGUGCAUUUUACUGCUUGACGGAAAACUGUGGGAAGGAAUUUCUGUAAGUUUAGCACUUUACAAAUGUUGGGAAGACUUUUAGUUAGUAGUUUGUUGUAUUUUAGUCAUUUUUUUUUGUUGUUGCUGGAAACAAUAUUUCUUAUUUAACAAUAGAACAUAUAGUCUUGUAUCGGUAUUUGAUUGGUAUUUUAUCUUUUAUCAAAUUCUUUUACUGGUUCUUGCGUCGUAAUCGCACGUUCUUAAACAUAAGUCCUUUCCCAUUAGCAAUGUAAAAUUUAAUCCAGAAAACAUAAUAUCUGUCAGGAUGAACAUUUACUCAAACAUAUAUAAGAAGGAGAAGUAAUGCACAACCAUCUACUACAAGGUGCUUUCAUCGAUGGCUGAACCAAUGAAUGCACGAACGCCAAAGACAGUCUAGACGCUACGUCAUAAUUACCAUAAAUAUGCAUCACCAAUUUAAAGGCGGGAAAAGCGUUCAUUUAAGACUAAGUGUCGAAUCACUUCUGCACAAUAAAACAAAAACCCGGUGCGAAACAAUAUUAGUGAAUGCCUAUAUUCGACACAGAGAUAAAUACUUUUCAGACUUUGUUUCAAUGUCGUUAACGGGACUAGUGCCACCCGGGACGAGACUAGAAUUUUCUGCCCCUCCCCCCCCCACCUCACCCCAUUUUUUCGCAAGGAAAGAAUAUUAUCUUGGCCGAAGAUGCUGCAUCCUCAAUUUCGUUAAAAAGAGAAUUGAGCAAAUAGUUUUUGUCUUGGCAGACCACCGACCGACCGCACCCCCCAUUCCCUUUUUGUCCAACGCCACUGCUUAGAUUGGAACAAUAUACCAAAUAAAUUUAUCAAAUCAAAUUGAAACAGAUUUCAAAUUGAAAACAAGUUACUAGGAAAAGUAAUCAGGUACGGAGAGGCUCCAUUUAAAUGUGUUAAUGCAAAUAAAAUUCGUAACUGGCAGUUUCAAUUGCCCCCUCCCCCCUCCCCACGAUAUCUAUAUUUUUAGAAUCUAUCCUAGUUGUUCUGUACUACGAGAUAAUUAUUUAGAUAGUUUCUAAAAAACCUACUUAUUCACUAACAGAAAGUUUCAUACAGUUACAAGAAUGUACCAAAUAGUUGUUCGUUACUUAUACCUAGACAUAGAAAAUGGAUUUCAACAAAAUUAAUGUUGGAGUUGUUUCCAGAGAGUAUGCUGUGAUGAAUAUGUCAGAAAGCAUGUGUUUCGAU